AGACCACUAAGUGGUCCUAUUUUUAUUAUGUUUUUUUUUUUUUUGUGUAGUGUUAUAAAGUAUUCAGAUUUACUUCAAAAUAAAUUAAAGUAUUUUUUUUCUUCUUCUUUUUUUCGGGUAUUUAAAUUUAGACGCCAAGAAUAAAGAAAAAUUUGUCAGUCAUGACUCUCAUGAUGUCAUUUUCCGUGGUCUAACUAGUUCUAUAAAUAGUCGAAGUAUUUUAUCAUUUCUCUCACUGCAUUGGUUGAGAAAACACAAUACCAUACAUUGUAUUGUAUUCCAAGUAUUCUUUUAAAAAAAAAAUAGAAGAUAAUGGCGGGUUUCACUACUGAGAAUCACCAGCUUCUGUCUAAGAUAGCCAUGACCGAUCAACACGGCGAGAACUCGCCUUACUUCGAUGGAUGGAAAGCGUACGACAAUGAUCCUUUUCACCCUACUGAAAACCGUAACGGGGUUAUUCAAAUGGGUCUUGCAGAAAAUCAGCUUUGUUUCGACUUAAUUGAGGACUGGAUUAAGAAAAACCCAACAGCAUCCAUCUGCACCAUUGAAGGAGUCAAUAACUUCAAGGACAUAGCUAACUUUCAAGACUACCACGGCUUGCCUGAGUUUAGAAAGGCGGUGGCGAAGUUUAUGGGGAGAGUGAGAGGAGGAAGGGUGACAUUCGAUCCAGACCGUAUAGUAAUGGCUGGUGGAGCCACCGGAGCUAAUGAGCUGAUCAUGUUUUGUUUGGCUGAUCCCGGGGACGCAUUUUUGGUUCCCUCUCCUUAUUAUCCAGCAUUUAAUCGCGAUCUGGGAUGGAGAACCGGGGUGAAGCUAAUUCCAGUUAUCUGCCAUAGCUCUAACAAUUUUCAGAUCACCAAAGAAGCACUAGAAGAGGCAUAUGAGAAAGCCAAAGAGGCUAACAUCAAAGUGAAAGGCUUGAUCAUAACAAACCCUUCAAACCCUCUUGGCAUUGUGUUAAGUAAAGAAACACUUAGAAGCGUGGUGAGCUUCAUUAAUGAAAAGAGCAUCCACCUUGUCUGCGACGAAAUCUAUUCAGCCACUGUCUUCAGCCUCCCUAACUUCGUAAGCACUUCUGAGAUCAUCCAAGAAAUGGAAUGCAUUAAUCGCGACCUCAUUCACAUCAUCUACAGUUUGUCCAAGGACAUGGGCCUCCCUGGCUUUAGGGUCGGAAUAGUUUACUCAUACAAUGAUGCUGUGGUGAGUUGUGGACGAAAGAUGUCAAGUUUCGGAUUAGUCUCUUCGCAGACACAGCACUUGCUGGCGUCCAUGCUCUCUGACGAUGAAUUUGUAGGGAGAUUUCUCGCUGAGAGCGCGAAGAGGCUAGCGAAAAGGCACAAGAUCUUCACUGAGGGACUUGAACAAGUGGGGAUCACUUGUUUAAAAAGCAAUGCAGGCCUUUUUUGUUGGAUGAACUUACGGCAGCUGCUGAAAGAACAAACACUUGAAGGUGAAAUGGAGCUAUGGCGGGUGAUAAUCAACAAUGUGAAGCUCAAUGUCUCUCCUGGCUCGUCUUUCGAAUGCAAUGAGCCUGGUUGGUUUAGGGUUUGCUUUGCGAACAUGGAUGAUGCCACGGUUGAAGUUGCACUGAAAAGAAUCCGACAAUUUGUGCGCUGCCAAAGGAAGGAGGGAGAGGCAGUAACGGGAAAGAGUAGUUGGCGAUUGCAAAAGAAUCUGAGGCUUAGCUUCUCAUCAAGAAUGUGCGAUGAGGGUUUUAUGUCACCGCGCAUGGGGUCGCCCCACUCCCCCAUCCCUCACUCACCGCUGGUUCGAGCCAGGAAUUAAUUAAGCUAUAAUUAAAUACCAUCUCUAUGCAUGUAUUAGUAAUUAAUUUGUUAAUUGUGUGUACUUAGAAUUGAGUUGAUCCGUUAAUUUAAUUAUCUGUACUUAGCUGUUAAUUUAUAAUCAUGUAGAAAUAAUGACACUAGG